AUGCCGACCUUCAGCUACCGGCCGAGCGGCAGGGCACGGACAAGCUGCAGCCGGUGCCAGAAGAACCUCUCCCUCCAGACGGCUGUCAAAGUCCUCUACGUCUUCUCCAUCCUCCUCAUCGUGGCCGUGACCGUGCUGGCUGCCUUGGUGUUCAAGAAAGUCAACUCCAUCUCCAACGACAUCAGCUCAGCCCAGACUUAUUAUGAGAAGAAGAUCAUAUCCAUCCAGGACGACCUCCAGGGGUUGGACGAGAAGACCUCGGGGAACUGCUCCCUCUGCCACGAGACAGGACAGCUGAGCCAGGAGAUCUCCAGGCUGCAGGGAGAGCUGGAGGAGAUCCAGAAGAUGCUGUUGGUUCAAGAAAUCCUGCUCGACCGGACCUCCCAGACCCACAACCAGCUGUCAUCCACCAGCAACAAGAUCACCAGCGAGGUGGACAACUGCUCCUUCUCCAUCCGGCAGGUCAACGAAAGCUUGGGGCAGCUCCUGGCCCAGGUUGGGGGCUGGCAGGUGGUCACCUCCCAGCUGGACAACUCUCUCAAGGGCUUGGCCCAGGAGCGCUAUGAUGUCCGAGCAGCCAUGCAGCAGAUGAACUUCACCCUGGGACAAACCUCCGACUGGAUCCAGGUCAUCCAGAGAAAGACGGACGAGGAGACGCUGACGCUGCAGAAGAUCGUCACCGAGUGGCAGAACUACACCCGCCUCUUCGGCGGGCUGCGGGCCACCUCCUCCAAGACCAGCGAGCUGGUGAAGAGCAUCCAAGGCAGCAUCGGCGCAGCAGCUCGGCAGGUCGGCCAGAAUUCAGAGAGCAUGCACGACCUGGUGCUGCAGGUGAUGGGGCUGCAGCUGCAGCUGGACAACAUCUCCUCCUUCCUGGACGACCACGAGGAGAACAUGAAUGACUUGCGCUACCACAACAGGUACACGCAGAACCGCACCGCCGAGCGCUUCGAGACCCUGGAAGGUCGCAUGAUGUCCCACGAGAUUGAGAUCAGCACCAUCUUUGCCAACAUCAACGCCACCGACAGCCACGUCCACAGCAUGCUGCGCUACCUGGAUGAUGUGCGGCUCUCCUGUACCUUGGGCUUCCACACCCAUGCUGAGGAGCUCUACUACCUGAACAAAUCCCUCAGCCUGGUCCAGGGCACCACAGACCUGCUGCGGGAGCGUUACAGCCUGCUCAGCGCCCGGCUGGACUUUGACAUCCGCAACUUGUCCAUGGUCAUGGAGGAGAUGAAGGUGGUAGACAUCCGGCAUGGGGAGAUGCUGAAAAACAUCACCAUCUUACGAGGUGUGCCGGGACUCCCGGGCCCCCGCGGCCUCAAGGGCGACGUGGGCGUCAAGGGCCCCCCGGGAAGCGAAGGAGAGAAGGGCGACGUGGGCAGCCUGGGUUCGCCGGGACCCCAGGGACCACCCGGCCCCCCUGGACCCCCCGGCCCCCAGGGUGAAAGGGGUCCCCUGGGCUUGAAAGGCUUCCCCGGCCUCAAGGGCACCAAGGGCAGCUUUGGGCAAUCCGGCCCCCGGGGACAGGGGGGACCCAAGGGAGACCCCGGCCCCCCCGGGCCAGCUGGGGUGCCGGGGCCAGUGGGACCCCCCGGACCACAGGGCAAACCGGGACUCCCCGGGACCCCCGGGGCUGUCGGCCAGGCUGGCCCGACGGGGCCUAAGGGUGACCCCGGUUUGCGAGGACCCCCGGGGCUGCCGGGCCCCCCUGGCCCCCCAGGACAGUAA